UUGAAUUUUACUUCCUAAUAGGGAAUUAAGUUUAUAGACCCUUUGUGAGGCCUAAGCUUAUAUGGCUUGAAUCAAGGGGAAGGUAUUGCGUAAGAAGCUUUUCACAAACUACACAUUCCUUGCGUCAAACUGCAAUAUACGUCUCUAUAAGUAUGCGUAUGUAGCUUUCCGUGGCCAUGCUCUGAUUUAUAAAAAAAUUCAAGGUAAAGUUCUACUCGAUACAUAUUAGUUUUAUGAAACCAGGGAGCAGCAAGCAAACUCUGUGCCAAUGGGACCUGCGGUGGAGCUAUGGAAGGAAAGAGAGAUGGAUAAAACGAGAAAGAAGUACGAGAGGCUAAGCGAGAAGAUUAUGUUAUGGGAAGACAAGAAGAAGAAAAAAGCAAAGAGAAAGCUUCAUAGAACAGAGAGAGGUGUUGAAAAGGCAAAGUUGAAGGCGAAGCAGAGGUUCAUAGAUGAUAAUGAACGCAUUGAGAUCAUUGUUGCAAGUGCAAGAACACAUGCAUAUGAGAGUCAAAUGAAGGAAGUGUUGAAGGUUAAGGAGAAAGCAAACCUCAUGAGAACAACAGGGAGGAGUCCAUGUGCAUGCCUUUGAAUACUGCAAACUGCAAGAAAUGCGAAGCUAAACAUUCUUUCUUAACUGCUUAUAAUUAUUGUUGAAUAUGUAAAAGGCAGACACAACUGAGGUGUCACAAUCUAUAGAGUAUUAGAGAGAUAACACAUGAUCAAUCAUCAAUUAUGUCACAAAUCAGGAAACCAUAACUUAAAGUU